UUACUGUCAGCCCAGGCGUGUAGUGAACAGCUGAGCGUGAGCUGGAGCGCGAGACCUGAACGACUUGCACAUUAAACAUAUAAGUCCUAUUUAUCUGUCUGUUUCAGGACAAAACAACUCUCAUCACUCGGGACUUAAACGUGCACUGAGCAGUUACUUAUUACGGCCAGAUGGGAAACGCGCUAUAGGCACAUGGGCAUCAUCUGUCUGCUGCCAUGACGACAGGCUGCUGCAGCCACUUCCCUGAGGUGUUAAUGGACCAUUCAGAUACUACGCCUCUCAGAAGCUCUACCGGACAUGAGUCUACUCCAAUGGAGAGCUCAGACUGCUGCGAACCGGCACUUCCAGGAAAAGCUAUGGACUCUGACACUAAUCCAGCGCAUGAGGAUGCACAGUUUUGGAAACACAUGGCAGCAAAGGAUGGACAACUUAUGAACAGUGCAGUGUUAGCCAAACAGAGUGUUCUAGUGGAGAGACCCAUGUGUAGGAUCUGCCAUGAUGGAGGGGGACAGGAAGAGCUGUUGUCCCCGUGUGAGUGCGCAGGGACGUUGGGGACAAUCCACCGCAGCUGCUUGGAGCACUGGCUCUCAGCCUCCAGCACCAGCUUCUGUGAGCUCUGCCAUUUCCAGUUCAGCGUGCAACGGAAGGCACGACCUCUCCUCGAGGUAUGCUCGCUUCUGCAGAGGCUGUGUAGCCUUGUGGUUGACACAUCCUCUCAUCUGGCUGUGGCAACAAAAAAGCUGGAGUGGAUCCGUAACCCCGGGCUGCGUCAAGAGAAGCGUACACUAUUUGGGGACAUGGUGUGUUUUCUGCUGAUCACACCAUUAGCCACCAUCUCAGGUUGGCUGUGUCUUCGGGGAGCUGUGGAUCACCUUCACUUCUCCAGCAGACUGGAGGCUGUGGGCCUGAUUGCUCUCACUGUAGCUCUCUUCACCAUUUACCUCUUCUGGACCCUGGUGUCUCUCAGGUACCACUGCCGUCUGUAUAAUGAAUGGCGUCAGACUAAUCAAAGGGUGGUUCUUCUGCUUCCCAAAUCCCACAGUGAUUCAUUGGGAAAUCCAUCAGUGACAGGCCUGCUGAGUGUAAAACGACCGUCCAAAGAAUCUAUUGUCUGACUGUGCUUUUCUGUCUAAAUGAACUCUAAAAGAGUGUACAGUGGAUUGUCCUCAGAAGGGCCAUGGACUAGCAGAAGAAACAGUGACACUGACUACACUGAUUCUCUUGUUGGAUUCUAAAAACGCUACUGUGGAACUAUGGGAGCAUUUCAGAACUUUGAAGGAAACCAGCUGUCUGUGGACUUCAUGUUGGCAAGUUGCUAACAUUAGUUGUGAAUGGAGGAUAAAACUAUUUAAUACAUUUCUUCUUGUUGACUAUGUAACAGUAUGGAUUCAUUGCCUUUUUUUGUGUUUGACUUAAUAUAUAUGAAUAUAUAUUACGUCCGUUAACGUCACACAGGGUUUCUAUUUUCAGUCAGUCUGAUAAGUCUGUUAAGGACAAGAAUUUAGAAAUUUAUGAGAGAAACUUUAACGUUUUUUAAGACCUGUAUUUGUUUCUCUCUUAAAAGAAAACUUGUAAAUGAAAUACAUUUAAUGUUUUAGGUAAGGGUUACCUUGUAAUGGAAUCUGCAAUAAGUGCUUUUCCUGUAUUUUCCAUUGUAAAUUCACAGGUUAUUGUUUGCAAGCUGUCAUUUGUGUUGCAGUACCUCAAGCUAAGUAAAAGUGAAAUACUCUGCCAGGCAACACUUUUAAUUAGCCUUAAAGCCUUUGGUUUCAAAUGUUUAAAAAUAUUUGUCACUUAAUAACAUUUACAUACAGUAGUUUAAAUUUGAGAAAUAAAAAUUCUUCAUUUUGAUUUAACUUCAAAUAAACAUGACAAAACCUA